GUGGAUAUUUCGUAUUUCGCGCCUGUUGAGGAAUGUGUAUACAUACAAAAGCGCACAUGGUUGCCAUAAAUAACUUUUAUGUGCAUAAUCUUUGUUGAAGCCAGUGCAGUGUGAUCUUAUAGUAACUAAUUAUUUGCGCUCAAAGUGCGUGUGGUCGAUGGCGAGAACUAUAAAAGCGUAGGAAUCCACGUGUACGGGGCAAUUACUGUCACACUGCCUAGAGUACGCCGGUGUAGUUUGUGUUGCUGCCAUGAGCUUGCCGGGAAUGUUAUUGAGUUGCUUUAAAUGUUGGACUUACUUGUAUGGUCUCUAUUUGUGUUUAUCAGAAGCAGUGUGUUGUACAGUACCAAUUUCAUUUCUCGCCCCUAUACUGUUGGCGUUGUGGAUUAAGUAUUUACGAAUUCCCCCACCUGAUGCAAAACUAGUCGAAGAUGUAUUAGGAUGCGAUCCGUGGGCGUUAGCUGAAAUCAACGGCAACGGAACAAAUGAAUCGAAUAAUGAGCGGUAUGUUAUGAGAACAGUUGCUCACCGCGGAGCGGGUUUAGAUGCUCCAGAAAACAGUUUGUCUGCUUUGAGGAGGGCUAAAGAAAAAGGCUGCAGUGCUGUAGAAAUAGAUGUUGCUCUUACAUCUGACGGUGUUCCUAUUGUUUUUCAUGAUGAUACUGUGGAUAGAAUAACGACAUCCACCGGUGAAGUGAAAGAUAUGACUUGGGCCCAACUGAAAAAUCUGGAUAUUUCUUCAAAACAUCCAUUCAGUGACAGAUACAAGGGAGAGAGAAUUGCCUUGCUAGAUGAAGCCAUUCAGGAAUGCAUUGAACUGGGACUAAGAGUAUUUCUUGACUUGAAAGGAGACGAUUUAAAGCUUGUUCCAGUUGUGCUGGAUGCAUUUGAUAAGAACAGUAGACUGUACAAGACUGCAGUUGUAUCAUCAUUUAAUCCAUACUUAAUCUACAUGAUACGACGAGCAGACCCAAAUAUUGUUUGUUCCAUGGCUUGGAGACCGAAUUUUUAUGCGUAUCAAUCAUAUGAUGGCACUUUUGGUGAGAGCCAUCCACGUUUCAAUGGCCUAAUUUCUCAUAUCUUGGCUUUAUUAGUUGAUGCUGCCAGUGACUGGGCACUUCAUAAUGUUACAUAUUACGUUCUUGGCCUCUCUGCUGUCCUACUGCAGAAGGACAAUGUUACACUUGAGACUGUCCGCAAAUGGAAAGAACGAGGAGUCCGUGUUAUUCCAUGGACUGUCAACCAUCCACUGGAGAAGCAAUUUUUCUCUAGAAUACUGAAGGUUACAUAUAUGACAGAUACACUUGAUGGCGAACCAAACAGACUGACCAGUUAAUAUUUCUAUUCAGAUUUUUGUGCAUUGGUUUUCAUGGUAGUAGUUAAACAUGUAGUGAGAGAAUUUCACAUUUUUUGUUUUAUUUAUAAUUAUACACAUGUAUUACUUUAUGAAGCCAUAUAACUGUGGUUCAAUGAAAUGUAAGUUUAUUUCUUAUAGAAAUUGAAAAAAAAAAGAUUUUUUGUGAAAAAAGAAAAGACCCUAUAAAUAGGGAUGGAGAAGGCUAAUCAGUCUGAUGCAUGAUUCUUUGGUGGACCAGUUUUUUUUUGUUAAAAAUUGCACUCUUAAAAUGUUCAUUUUGAAUGUUUAGUUGCUUAAAAAGCAUUUUUGUAGGCUGCAAAUGAUGCAUUUGAGACGUGCCUUGAAUUCUGCAUGUGAGUAGCUAUUCUUGAGUGAGGUGUCUUUCUCUUUAUAUGGCAGCUCAGAUCUUUUAUAAGUAUGGUGUUAAUGUAGCAUAAUAAACAGUGUGGCUUUUUAA